AGCUGUGAACGUGUUUUCGAGAUUCGGUUAUCUGAGCAUCAGCAUGCGAGUUGUUCCCAGGAACGACACCGAUCAUUCAUGGAUUUUCCGGGAGCCUAUUGUUGAUGUGUUCAAGCAGGUGGUGAUAAGGCAAAGCUUGACGAAAAGUGGCGCUGUCCCUGGGUCAGGAAGCGGUUCUCAACCAGUGUUCCAGGGCGACUUCCACAUGGAGUUCUGCGACAACACGCGUCAGCUACUGCAGGCCUACUUCCGAGACUUCACCAUCGAGAAGAUGGAGCACCCCUGGCAAGCCUUCACCAGUAGCUGGUCACCAGCUAUCAUUGCCAGGAAUCUUGGUAUAGACGCAACGCACGUGAGUAGCGACAGCGGUGACACACGCUACUGCUUCGUGCUGGUGCGAGUCGCGCGACACCGCGAGUCGGCCAGUGUGGCCAGCGACCAGUCGCGCGACCAAUCGCAGUCGCAGCUGCAGGAUGCGGUCGCUCAGCAGAUGGCGCGCGUCACAGUCGGCGACGCAGCGUCAGUUGGCGAGUUUGUACGAAGUUUCGGGUCGCACUAUGUCGCCUCUUACACUACUGGCAAUUCACUAUAUCAGGUGUUCGUCUACACACCGAUCAUCUACAAACGCAUCAAGGACCGUCUCAAAAGUCGCGGUAUCACCUCCCUCAGCACAGGCGAGCUCAACUCCUACUUCUCACCGUGGUACGCCGAGCACACCGGCAAAGUGCUAUCAGCCAGCGGCAACGCCACCAUGGAGAAAUGGGCGCUGCACAACCUCAGGGUCAGCUUCUACUUUUUCAACUACCCCAGUCUGCUCAAGAUACACGGCGACACUGCCUUGCUCAAACAGCUCAACAAUCUACUGCAGAAUGAGGCAUUGUUGCAACUGGAGUUGAAGACUCUGGCUCCCGCAUUCAGUGAUGCCGAGAAACGGAAAUGGUUCGAAGAGGUUGUCGAGAAUAAUAUGAUUUUGUGGGAUGUGAACAUGUGAUACACGACGCCGAGAAACGGAAAUGGUUUGAAUAGGUGGUAGGCCUAGAGAAUAAUAUGAUUCUGUGGGAUGUGAACAUGUGAUACAACCAUCAGGAUAUUCUUGUAAAUUUGAGCAUGUGAUUCUUCAGAUUAUCCUUCAGAAAUUCAUUGAAACAAGUCUACAAUCUACUGCAGAAAGAGGCACUUUUGCAACUGGAAUUGAAGACACUGCCUCCCGCUUUUAUUGACGCCGAGAAACGGAAAUGGUUUCAAGAGGUUGUCGAGAAUAAUAUGAUUUUGUGGGAUGUGAACUUGUGAUACAUCAGAUUCAAUCCUGAAACCUGUAAAAUGUUUAUAACUAUUAAAACGUAUUAUCCAUCAGUAUUCCGUUGUGGAAAACUUUGUAGAAAAACUUCAAGAAAAAUGCAUAAUAUGGCUGUAGAAAAAAUUAUCUAAAACUUUUCUAAAUUUAAAUAAAUAUUAUGAAGCAGACCUUUAUAUGAGGUAACACUGUAAUUCACUGGAAGAAACAAACUUAUUUUUCAAAAGCAGUAGGCACAAAGAAAUACCAUGAUAUCUCUUUUCUGUAAAGGGCUACUUUUAAUAAAAAUAGAAAGAAAAAUUAAAAACUCAGUACUCUUUUUUAAUAAUUUAAAAAUACCAUGAUAAUUUAUUGUAAUGUAUGCUUUGUUAAGAUUGCUAAAGUGCCUUGUCCUUAUUAUUUAUUUUAGGUGAUAGUCGUAAAUCCAUAUUUUAAACCUAAAAAUUAUUGAUAAUGAUGACGCGGAUUUAUGUAAGCCUGUAUUUUUAUAUUUCUAUUUAUAUGUAAUAUUCAUUGUUAUUCUCAACUGUUUUAUGGUUGACAAUGAAUAAUAUCAUUAAUGAAUGCUAUUAUACUUAGGGUCGAUGAAAUAGUAUGUGGCAAUCAAGUCUUCCUUUCUUCCCAAGACUUCUCCACUUCCUGUCUGAAUGAAUUUUUCGUACAUCUUAUUUGAAUUAGUGAAUAUGAUAGCUUUCAUUUUGUCGUGAGCUCCAGUUUUUGUUUUGCUGUUGGUAACUUAUAAUCGCCCCCUAUAUGCAGCUUUUGCUGAAAGUCUUUCAUUCUCAACUGGGAAAUUGGGCAGAUUUUCCUUGGCUAAUACAAUGCCCCAUUCAAAUUGCUCUUCUGGUGAAAAGGUAGCCAGAUUUGAGAGAGUCAUGCAAGUAGAAAGUGUGGAUGAUGUAGUGUACAUCAUUUUUAAGAUGUACUUAUUGAAUCAAUAAAGAAUAAAUUGUCCUCUUACACCUCUUGGGGCCAUCGGUGAAGAGAUGUGUGAUCACAGUCGAGUAAAAAUAUAUCAGUCUUGAUCAAAGUGGCACCUAGGAUUCGUCACCUCUUCAUAUUCGCCUUUCUUCUCAUUUUUAACAUUUGAAAAGGCUAAUUCCUUCCUUUUGGCAUUCCCAGCUCCCUAGUUUUUUCUCACUCUUCCACAGGUUCCUGCCAGCCAACAUGGGUUGGUUAUGAUUCACAGUCCCAACUUACGCUUGCUUUUUGUGUCUCAUCUUCAGAUUCAGUCGAUUUUUGCGAUGAUGCAAUGAAUAAAAAUCGAAAAUAAUUAAUGAAUGAUACGGAGUCUCAAAUAUCCAGUAAUAUUUAUGUUUUAGAUAAUUAUCUAGAACUUAUUUGAGUCUUUUUCUCCUUUUUCUACUUCUUCACUUCAUAAGGAUUAAGUCCAUUGAUUAUUAACCUGUUCCGGUGCCCAUCAUUUCUUCGGCCUUCCUAAAUCUUUUUCCAGUUGAUGCAUAAUAUUCAGCUACAAAAUGAAUUCUUCCUGAAGGCAUCCUAUUCAAAUGACUAGGUACUCUAGUUUCUUCUAUGCUUUAUAUUUUUGAAUUAUCGAUUUUAGAGUCUACCGGUAUGAUAAAACCUCAAAUCAACCCUUAGUUGUUAAGUAGAUUAUUUGAAAUUGAUGGCAUUAAACAAAUAUUACCAUAAUUAAUAGUUAGAAUACUUCUGUAUAAAGUUUAAAUUAUUAAGUUUUAGCCGGUCUAAGUUCGAAUACAGUAGUUCCAAUAACUGGCUGUAA